AUGUCAUCAGCACCUGUAGCGCCCACCGCAAUGAGCUCGCAGUUUCCCAAUGAGUCGCCAAUCAUUGUUGAUGAACAGCUUGAUGAAGACGCAACAUCAGAUGUCACCAGCACCAUAGCAUCCUCAACGACUAGCCUUGCAGACUCAAUGUUCAAUUUUCGUGUGGAGAAUGGGCGCACAUAUCAUCGAUAUAAAGAUGGAAACCUUCAACAUCAGCAAUUCCUCCAUUCUGUCGAUGGAAAACUUGGCCUCUCACCGCCGAACCAAGAUGACUACCCCGCCAAGCGUGUUCUCGAUAUUGGUACUGGAACCGGGAUUUGGGCAAUUGAGUUCGGUGAGCUCAAGCCCGAAGCAGAGGUCAUUGGCAUUGACUUGUCUCCCCCUUUGGCCGAGUAA